CUGCAGACAAACUCCUUCAAUAAUGACAAGACAUGAAAUAAAAAAUAAAAAGCAACAAGAUUAGAAUACCACUAAUUCCAGGAUACUACUGCUUUUAGAAUAAAUCAUUCUUUGCACUUUCAAAAGAGGUACUAUACCACUCUUCAUUUUUCCAUAAUAAAAGCUCUGCAACCAUUAGCUGGUAUCCCCUCAUAAGAAGAAGUCCAAAAUAGAAGAGUGGUACUGAACCUGAGAAAUAACAAUGGCUACAACACUCUUAGCAUGUGACCCUGCAGAUGAUGAUUACAUUGACAUGGAAGUCAACUCAUACUCCAACUUCUUCUGCCAUUCUCAAUCUUAUCCACAGCCUAGAGAAUUUGAGUUUCAAAUGUCUUCCAUUGUUCAAGAGAAAGAACCAACAACCUCCCCAGCUGAUGAGCUUUUCUACAAAGGAAAACUCCUCCCUCUUCACCUCCCCCCUCGGUUACAAAUGGUUGAAAAACUCCUUGAAAACUCAACCUCUCCUUUCCACAAAGAAAAUGAUAUCUUUGAGGAGUUCUUUAGCACUCCUCUAGCCACUACCUACACAACACCAAUUGCAGGCACCCCAUUUGAAUCCUGCAACAUCUCUCCAUCAGAUUCUUGCCAAGUUAGCAGAGAAUUAAACCCUGAAGAGUAUUACAACCUUGCCUACCCAACAGACACGAGUGGUGGAUUUGUUGUUCAAAACCAGAAGAAGUCUUGGACAAAGAAACUGAAGCAGUCUUCAAUAGGUUCCAAGUUGAAGGCUUCAAGGGCUUAUCUCAAAUCUUGGUUUGGAAAAUCUGGUUGCUCAUAUGAAACCUAUGCAACCUCAACCAAAGUUGCAGAUGAAGGAUCGGUUUCAAAGGCCAGGGAAAUUUUAAAUAUGAAUGUGCAAGUGGCAAAGAAGAACCCAUAUGGCCAAAUUCACAGGGACAGAUAUCAGUCCUCUAAUUCUGUCAUAAGAAGCUACAAAGAGAAGACAAGUGAGGAUGGAAGUAACCACCACAGAAGGUCUUUCUCGGUCGGCAUAAAAAUUCUUCCAGGGAACAAGUCAUCAUCGUCAUCGUCAUCGUCAUCAUCUUCGUUUCUGUCUGGCUCAACUUCAUUUUCGUUUUCAAACAAAUCAUAUGGAUGCCAAGCUCGCCAGCUACUGAAAAGAUGCAGCAGUGCAAAUUCAGAGAUAGAAAAUUCAAUCCAGGGAGCAAUUGCACACUGCAAGAAGUCUCAGCAAGUGUUCUCUUCAAAGAAGACUGCAAGCGAAGCAGGACUCUACUCGGUGUCUGCAUCAUCAAGAACCUCAGUUUGUGAGGAUCAUGAGAGGGUAGAGCUUUGGAGGGGCUGACGGGAAUUGAAGAGUAGUUUUGCUUAUUUUGUAUUCUUCACACAUUGUCUUUCAAUUCAAAAGUAACUUUGGUGAAAGAUAGCUUCAUUCACCUGCACUAAUUUUAGAAACACUCAUGGUUAUCAUGAUGAUGGCUACAGAAUGAGAUUCUUCUGAAAAUAAAACUCCAACUUUGUGCUA